AUGUUAUUGAAGACGACGGCGCUGACGACGCUGCUUCUGGUAGCGAAAAAGGGUAUGUCUAGUCCGGCGCACACGCCGAACAGUUUGUCAAGCAUACCGGAUGAGACAGACCUUGGCUGGACAGGGCGGAUAGAAGAAGACGGCGAACUCAAGUCAUUCACAGGAUCAAGUUUACAACAUAUCGAAGCGCAAAUCCUCGAGAUUCAGCCAGAUUUCACCUGGUCGCGCGACAUCGAGCCAGCAAAUUCGCGAGUGGAAGGCGAUAUCAUUUGCGACAUAUCGUGGAAACCAUCCUUUGCCUCCGUCUUCCAUAUCCGCCAGGGGAUUUCAUAUCUCCACAAGAUCCACGGCGAUUGCGUCAACGGUCCGGGGCCGGGCAACUGUUCUCGCGUCUCGUGCUCGUAUAAUUCCGGCAUCUGGUUCUGCAACGAUAAUCCGCAGCCGAUGUCCGUGCCCUGCAGCACGUUCGGGGACCGCGCUUGGGACAUCAUCGAAAAGUGCUACGCAUAUGGAGACUUCCCUAACGAUUCCGUGCACGGACAAGUUUUUGACAAAGAUGGAUGGAACGUGAUCGUUGCCGGUGCGGAUUGCUAA